GCCUCACUUCAUCCACUUUGCUCUCCAUGCUCAUGGGUCACCCAUUUUUCACAAGCACCUGUUUCACGUGUAGAUUAACCAGCAGAAUUUAUUUCUCCGACACCACUGAUGCCACUUCAUGUUCAUUUACAGCCGCUGUAAAUACUUACUGGUGUGCUCAGUCUUAUAAUGCCUCUUAAUGAGGACUCUUUGGCUUCUACCCACCAGCCGUUUCCAUGGCAAAAUCAUUCCAUUCACGCCAGCCUAGCAACUCACUUCGCCUCGUUGCUUUUGAACGUGGCCCACUUUCGAGAAUUAUUAUCUCUGCUCUAUCAGACGAUAAAAUAGGAAUCCACUAUGCUCUGUAUUUGGGGUAAAAGGGUGCAAGACGGAGACGCUUAUCCACCAAAAGACCGCAUACAUGCAUAGCAGUGGACAAAGUCCCACAAACAAACCAGUGGAAAUUGGAGAAGUGAAUCAUAAACGUGACUCCUUGCAUGGAGAGAGGAGUGUGUUUCAAAGUGCAGGCAAGUCACGGAGUGCACUUCCCUCCACACCGCUCACAUCACCAAUUGAGGAUUAAACCAAGCAAGCAGAGAGGCACAGAAAAAACAUAAGCUUGAUCUUUCAGGAAACAUUUCACAAGUCAUUCAGAGUCCAUUUGUUUGACCAUAGCCACACCGGCGCAAGAUUCUAUGCCUGGCCUUUAAAAUAUGCACUUCUUUCUGUGUCAUCAUCCUUUCUGUACAGUCUGUUGUUGAGUAAGGUUGAGAGGAGAGCGUUGUUGCAAAUGAAGCCAUUCAAAUGGUCCUCAAAUCCCAAUUCCAAUUCAUCCCUCCAAAAUGCUGACAAAGGCAACUUUGGUAUGCCACCGACUACAAGAUGGUUGCUUCAGGAAAUGACACCAAUGGGACCAUCCUCUAUCAAAAGGUGCCCUUUGGGACAGAAAAUGAUGGCAUGAACAUCCUGGGUCUGGUGUUAUUCGCUAUGGUGUUUGGUGUGGCACUGAGGAAACUUGGAGAUGAGGGCGAGGAGCUUAUCCGAUUCUUCAACGCUUUCAAUGAGGCAACCAUGGUGCUGGUAUCCUGGAUCAUGUGGUAUAUCCCGUUUGGCAUUGUGUUCCUGGUGGGCAGUAAGAUUGUGGAGAUGGAGGAUGUGGUUCUACUGGUCACAAGUUUGGGAAAAUACAUAUUUGCUUCCAUCCUGGGGCACAUAAUACAUGGUGGCAUUGUCCUGCCACUGAUCUACUUUGGCUUCACGCGCAAGAACCCCUUCAGUUUUCUGUCGGGCCUCAUUACGCCCUUCACGACGGCCUUCGCCACCUGCUCCAGCUCAGCGACUCUUCCCUCCAUGAUAAAGUGUGUGGAAGAGAACAAUGGUGUGGACAAGCGCAUCAGCCGCUUCAUUCUCCCCAUUGGUGCCACAGUGAACAUGGACGGAGCAGCCAUAUUCCAGUGCGUAGCUGCUGUCUUCAUCGCCCAGCUAAACAACACUGAGCUCAAUGCUGGACAGAUCUUUACUAUCUUGGUGACGGCCACAGCCUCCAGCGUUGGGGCUGCAGGAAUCCCAGCUGGCGGCAUCAUCACCAUUGCCAUUAUCCUGGAGGCCAUCGGGUUACCAACCAAUGAUUUGUCUCUUAUGCUGGCUGUUGACUGGAUUGUGGAUCGCACAACCACAGUGGUCAAUGUGGAAGGCGAUGCUUUGGGUGCUGGAAUCCUGCAUCACAUCAACCAGCAGGAGAUGAAAAAGCAGCAGCAGCAGCAGGAUGAGAUGGAUAAGGGAGGGGAGCUUUCUGAGGUGCGGGUAGAAACGGUGGCCAACAUCCAAGCGCAGGAGGAGACCUCACCGCUUGUUAUGCACAAAACCAACGCCUCAGAAGCCGUACCGGAAGCCAUCGAGUCAGUCCUGUGAACUCAUGCAAGUUUAUUUGAUUCUUAUUAUUUUUUUUUUGUCUUCAUUGUCAAACCUGUUGACCUGUGUACACUGUUGUUGUCGCUGCUAUUGCGAAAGAAACCCAAGUCAUUGAAGAAGAUAAGGCCACUGUUUGGCAUUUGCUGCAUGAGGAAAAACAAAGUGCCACUAGUCUGUGUAGACUGUAGAGCCUGUGAGUAUACACAUGGCACAGGUACUAAAUUGAUUUGUUUUCACUAUUAUAAUUGAGUCUACAGUCAAGGCAGAUGUGUGCCAAUUUGUAUAUUCUGUCCCUCAAAUAUUCCCAUCAAGUGUCAUACUUAUGUUUCAUCGUUCGUCAUGUGCAUUCUGUUGUGUUCAUCAUAAGACCAAAACUACCGCAAGACCUCAAACAACAAAUUCACAGCCAUACGUCAUCAUCAAAAAUGCACUAUAACAUUUAUAUAUGUGCCACAUCUGAAUUACACCAGGGUGUACUUUUAACAUAUGUAAUGGAAAAGGUACUAAAACGCAUUCCAUCUCCAAAUCAAAUACGACGAGUGUGGAGGUUUUAUUGUUUGUGCUUGUUCACAGAUGUUGACAUUUGUUUGCUUAGCCACAUGUCAAACAUUAACGCUUGGAAGGAGUGUGUCCCAUUUUUCCACACUAACUAGCAACCACUCAACAAGUGUUACAUUGACCUAUUUAGGGAAGCGAAAUACUGACACAGUGGAUGAAAAUCUGUCUCUCUGCGUAGUUUGAAUUAACGAAAUCUCGAAUAGCAAUACUACAUGAGCUACAAAUAAUAGAAUUGGAUUCUCUACAUUCUCUACUAACAUUUAAUUGGCAUGUAAAGACGUUAUUAAGGUUAACUUCUGAAUUUAUACAGUGUACAAUUUCUACAUGUUAAAAAGUAUUUGUUACAAAUUGAAAGCUGCUUGCCCCGUUUUUAACUAUCUCAGCUUCUGUAUUUUGAUUGGCCUCGGUUAGAUUUCUGUUCGGUUUGUUUGUGAAUGCAACACAACAGUUAAAAGAUAAAGAAAUGGGUAAAAAUAGCAUGGGUGGAUUUUCUUUUUUUAAGGGAUGAUGAGGAGGAAUUUAUAAGAUACUGUGAAAGACUUGUGGUGGUGGUUUUGAAAAACUGCAAGCACCUUGUUUGUUGAGAGACAUUCUCUCAAGAAAAAAACAGAUGUAGAUUUUUUUUGUCAUUUUGAAAAAAAAAAUCAAACAAACAAAAAACAUUGUUUAUGUACCUUUAACUCCUUUAAAAUAAUAGUGUGUCAUGGCCAAAUACACUACAGUAUAGUAAUUUCAGAUUGUGUCGUAUGUUGCAGCAGGACUUGCACACAUUGAUCACUGUAGGCACAAUAAUGUUCAUGUAAUAUUUUUUGUUUGUCUUUUUUUUUUUGGUACAUGCAAAACAGCUUUCCCUAAAGCAUCGAUAUGUGUGAGCGAGGAAUCUCGUUUUGCUGCCAUCGAAAACACUCAGUGUGGUGUCUUUAGUUGUUGAGUCUGUUAAAACCGUACAGGGUGAAUUCAUAUGAUGUAAAACAUGUCAAAUCAUUUCACUUGACUAUUCCACCAUUACCAGUUUUGUCUUAAGAAGUUGGAUUUUUCUGUCUUUCUUUAAUAUAGCUGGUGUGACACACAUGUAAUUACUCCUGGUUCUACUUACUAUUAUCGACGGUACUUCCUAAAAAAGGAAAUCCUGUGCUAGCGUGCCUCACCUGUUAGAAACUACCAUUACUUGUAACCGUUCAAAUGAAUAGCUCCAGUGUUUUUUUUUUGCCAGUAUCACAGUACAGCUGUGUUUUUUAUUUUAUUAUAUUUUGCCUUUGAUUCUGCUGUCUGUCACCAUUAAAAAUAAUUAAAGUUGCA